AUGGCCACGAAGUCCUCUGAGAACACCUCGCGCGGCGGGUCGUUUGGGCGUGGCUCCGAUGUCCCCGUCAAAGUAGAUCGUUGGGAGUUGCGGGAGGAGACGCUCCCGGUGGAUGGGCAGGCCCUCGUGAGCGAGACGCUCUUCUCGGUGGGCAAUGGGCUGGUUGGCGUGCGGGGCUACGCGGAGGAGACGGAGGCGGGGCAGAACCGGCACGAGCGCAACGAGCGGUACAGCAGCCGCUACCGGACCUCCAACGCGCACAGAAGGGAGGGCAGCUCAAGCGAAAUCAGAGGGAAGUCGGGUCCGGUUAAUGGCAACGGCACGCGCUCAGGCUCGCGCGCUGUGAGCGUUGCGGGAAGCGGCGGCAGCGGCGGCGCCUGCACCACCGCACAACGUGGUGUGUACUUCUCCGGCUUCUACGAGCAGCACCCCCUCAUGCACCCCCGCUCCUUCUCGGUGGGCAUCUCUACAAAAGAGGGCUACCGCCUGCGUGCGCCGGAUGCGUUCUGCGUGGACGCGUUCCUCAGCGGCGAGCACAUCAGCGCCGCCCGCGGCCCCACCCGAAGUCACACCCGGCGUCUUGACCUGCGGACCGGCGAGGUGCAUCGCAAGUUUGUGUGGUACUCGAAUCAACAGCAUCGCGAGGUCACCAUCGAAACCCGCCGCUUCGUCUCCGUCGCGCGGAAGAACAUCUCCGUCAUGCACUAUAAAAUGAGCGUGAAGAACGCCGUGAACACUGAUGUGCGGCUCAUCUCCCGCACCUUCCUCUCCGCGGCUGAGUACGACGUGGAGACGAUGUUCACCCAGUCCAACAUCCAAGAUGCGCUGAGCGUCGUCUUCGUGCGCACGCGCAACAGCUGCCGCCACUUGGUGGUCGCGUCAGUGGAGACGUGCUCGUCGUGCCAGUACCGGCCAAGAGUUCAAACCUUCCCCUCCAUCGACAACCCCUCGCCCACGCCGGGGAAUGAGCCGAGUUUUACGUCGUCCCCCGCCUUGGGUGGCCAUUCGGUGGCCGGCUCCCCCUCCAGCGCCUCGGUUGUCUCUUCCACCACGCUGACCCCGAGCAACCGAGAAACGGAGUGGGGUACGGAGACGUCGUACACAAGCUGUAUCUCCGACGGUGUGACGGUCGAGAUUGUGAAGGUGAUUGGCCACUUCGGCGACGAGGAUGCGACGACGGAGGAGCUGAUGGACGUUGCAACGCACCAAACCCGCGAGGCCGCCGCGCUCGGCUACGACGGCUUGCUGGCGGAGCACCACUACGUCAUGAACAACUUCUGGGAGACUGCCGACGUGCGGGUAGAGCCGAAUGCGGCGGUGCAGGGUGCCUUCCGCUUCAAUAUUCUGCAAACGUACAUGUCUGCGAGUGGGUCACCGUACUACUGCUUCCCGACGCGCGGGUUGACGGGCGACAUGCUGCUCGGUGUGCAACAAUGGGACGUGGAUGCCCUCAUCGUUCCGUUUCUCGCCCACGCGUGCCCAGUAAAGGCGCGUGCGUUGUUGGAGUUCCGCAUUCGCACCAUGAACGAGGCACGCGACAUCGCAGCGGACCUGUCGUUGCCCCGCGGCGCACUCUUUCCGUUCCGCACCGUCACCGGAGAGAAGAAUCCGACGCCGUACUGCGGUGCUUUUUUGUUUGUCAACGCAGUGGUUGUGUAUGCGCUGCGCGAGUACGUGACGACGACGAACGACACGAGCAUUCUCGUGCAGGGUGGUGCGGAGCUGAUCUUCACCACGGCCUUGGUGUGGCUUCAGUGGGGCUCGUGGGAGAAGGGCUGGUUUCACCUGCGCUCCGUGUCGGGUCCGGACACCUACAACGACGUGGCGGACAACAACUACUUUACGAACUUGAUGGCACAGCUGCACCUGCAGUGGGCGGUGCAGAUGGCGAUCACGCUGCGGCAGGAGAAUCCGGAGAUGUGGAAAGACAUUAUGGGGCGGGCGCAGAUGACGGAGAACGACAUCAUUGCGAUGGACCACGCCGCAGCCAAGAUGGUGCUGCCCUUCGACGGCAACCACCGCAUCCACCCAAUGGACCAGUCCUUCAUGCGCAAGAAGCACUGGAACCUGUCCUCGCUGAAGGACAAUUCGGAGGGUGCGCUGAACACGCUCUACCACCCCACGGUGAUCUUCCGCCAUCAGGUAUGCCGCAUUCCUGAUGUACUGCUGGCGAUUAUGCUUGCGCCUGAGAAGUUCUCCCGUGACGAGGCGAAGGCGGACUUCACCUUCUACGAGGCCGUCACCUCGCCCGACUCUGCGAUGCGGCUUGCCAUCUUCAGCGUCGUCGCCUCCACGCUGCGGCUGUCCAACAAGGCCAUGAGCUACUUCCACGACGCGCUUUUUGUGGACAUUGACAACUUGAUCGGCAACUCCGGCGGCGGCCUGCACUCCACCGCGGCCGCCGGGUCGUGGUUCUCCAUGGCGGCCGGCAUCUGCGGCCUGCGUGUGGUGCAGGGGGUACUGCACUUUAACCCUGUGCUGAACGAGGGGAUGGAGGAGCUCGAGUUUCACGCCCGCCACCGCGGGUGUUUGGUGCGGGUGCACGUGACGCAGCGCCUCGUCACUUACACCCUCGUCCGAGCGCCGGAAGGGGUGACAGACUUGAUGUUGGUGCACGCCAGCGCGAAUCGCAUCACGCUGCGCCCGGGCCACCCCGAGACAGUCCGCCUCUUCCACGAGGUGCGCGUCUUCGACUUUGACUGCAUCAUCUUCGAGCUAGACAGUGUUGUGAACGACAUCGAAAGCGUGCACUACCAGGCGUGGACGCAGACGCUAGAGGAGUACUUCCACCAGCACGGCCUUGCCGACUUUUCGAUGACGAAGGAGCUGUACCUUGCCUAUCUCUGCCACGUGAAGCCCUUCUACGGACUGAACGAGAUCUUUAAGAAGUACAACCAGUCGCUGCUGCCGGCUGGCGAGGCGGGCGACACAGUCGAGUCAAACUCUCUUUACGGUUUGUGCAAUCGCAAGCUGGAGCUCUUCCGCUCCUACGCCACCUCGCACGGCAUGCCGCUGCGUGACGGUGUGCUGCAGUUUAUCUCGCUCGUGCGGCAGUACGGCAUCGCCGUCGGCUGCGUGAGCGGCAGCAAAAACGCGCGGUGGGUGGUCAACGAGACGGCGAAGGGCAGCUCCAUCUUUGACAGCUUCUUGGAGGGCAAGGAGGGUGCGGAUCUGGGGCUGCGCUGGCGCCCGGAGAUGGACUACUUCGAGGCCUGCGCGCGGCGCAUGGACGCGUCGACGAACCGCGCCGUGGUUGUGAUGGACGGCAUUGACGGCUUCUCCAAGAAGGCGCUGGAGAAGUUCCGCAUGGUGAUCGACGUGAGUCCCGCACCGGAGGAGGCGAAAUUGUCGAUUCCUCGCCUCCUCGCAAAGAGCCUGCGGGACAUUUCGAUUGAGACGCUGAACGAGUGCACGGUGCGCGGUGGCGUGGUGAAUCACCUGCGGGAGAUGUGA